CACCCAGCCUUCAAGAUGCCUAGAGGAAACCAGCAACCAAGGGACCCCGACACCACCACAGAGGGCAGCCAUCAACCCCGACCCCCUCAGAAAUGCAACAAUCCGAGGCAGGCCCCAGAGCACACCCCUGCAAUGACCGAACAGAAGGAGGCCACACCCGGGACGAGAAGCCGGGCGGAGCACGUGGCACGCACUCCGCCCUCCCAGCCCAAGCUCUCGGCCCAGGGUGCGCGAGGUGCACGAGGCCCUUCUGCAGGCCAGCGGAUCCCAGAGCGGGCCAACCCGGAGGACCCACGCAAGGGCAAGCGUCCGAGCUCGGGCCGGCGCGAUAGCCGGCCGCGGACGCCCUCCACCCCGAAGCCGGAGCCCUCCGCCCCGAGGUCCGAGGCAUCUACCCCGGACCCCUCCAACAUGGCCCGCGGCGGCACUCAGAACUGGAGCUCCGGCGAGUCCGACGGCCAGCCGGAGGAGCAGACAUCCGAGGAGAGCGGAGACAAGAUGGUGAAGGAGACCGAGUACUAUGACAUCCUGGGGGUGAAGCCCAGCGCGUCCCCGGAGGAGAUCAAGAAGGCCUAUCGGAAGCUGGCGCUCAAGUACCACCCGGACAAGAACCCGGAUGAGGGCGAGAAGUUUAAACUUAUAUCCCAGGCAUAUGAAGUACUUUCAGAUCCAAAGAAGAGAGACAUCUAUGACCAAGGUGGAGAACAGGCAAUUAAGGAAGGGGGCUCGGGUAGCCCCAGCUUCUCUUCACCCAUGGAUAUCUUUGACAUGUUCUUUGGCGGUGGAGGACGGAUGACGAGAGAGAGAAGAGGCAAGAAUGUUGUACACCAGCUGUCAGUAACUCUGGAAGACUUAUAUAAUGGAGUCACUAAGAAACUGGCCCUCCAGAAAAAUAUAAUUUGUGAGAAAUGUGAAGGCAUUGGUGGGAAGAAGGGGUCCGUGGAGAAGUGCCCUGUGUGCAAGGGGCGGGGCAUGCAGAUCCACAUCCAGCAGAUCGGGCCGGGCAUGGUGCAGCAGAUCCAGACCGUGUGCAUUGAGUGCAAGGGCCAGGGUGAGCGCAUCAACCCCAAGGACCGCUGUGAGAACUGCAACGGCGCCAAGGUGGUCCGGGAGAAGAAGAUUAUCGAGGUGCACGUGGAGAAAGGUAUGAAGGAUGGGCAAAAGAUACUGUUUCAUGGAGAAGGAGAUCAGGAGCCUGAGCUGGAGCCUGGUGAUGUCAUAAUUGUGCUUGAUCAGAAGGAUCAUAGUGUCUUUCAGAGACGAGGCCAUGAUUUGAUCAUGAAAAUGAAAAUUCAGCUCUCUGAAGCUCUGUGUGGCUUCAAGAAGACAAUAAAAACGUUGGAUGAGCGAGUCCUCAUUAUUUCAACUAAGUCAGGUGAGGUGAUAAAGCAUGGCGACCUGAAGUGUGUGCGCAACGAGGGCAUGCCCAUCUACAAAGCCCCUCUGGAGAGGGGGACCUUGGUCAUACAGUUCUUAGUGGUCUUCCCUGAGAAACACUGGCUUUCCCAGGAGAAGCUUCCUCAGCUGGAGGCCCUGCUUCCCCCUCGGCAGAAGGUGAGGAUCACAGAUGACAUGGAUCAGGUGGAGCUGAAGGAGUUCAAUCCCAAUGAACAGAACUGGCGCCAGCACAGGGAGGCCUAUGAGGAGGACGACGAUGGGCCCCGCGCUGGCGUGCAGUGCCAGACGGCGUGAUGGCACGGCAUAGCAUGGCCCGGACGGACUAGUACAUGAUGAAUGUAAACUUGGCACAAUGAAAAUGGCAUCGCUUUAAUAGCCUCGUGUUUGGGGUGUCCUGUGUAUGUGUUCAGCAGUCUCCAUUGCUGAGUAUCUUUUGGGUUUUCUUGUUUCUUUUCUGGUUGUAACUUAAGUUAUAGCUUGAUUUAUAUUUAAAUGUUUUUAGUUCAAUCACCUCAGUCUGCAUAUGGAAUCUGUUCAUUUGUACUUUCACAACAUACUUUGGAGAUGCCAGCACCAUGUUGACCCUUUGUGCUUCUUGGUGGCUUCGCCAUGGUUCAUUUCCAUGGUAGGCCCAGAGAGUCACACCUGGCUCCUAACAAAGGCCGAGAAAGUGGGCGUGUGGCCCGUCUCUAGUCUGUGGUUUUUCUCCCCUCCCUCCCUUGGCAGAGUCACCAAGGGUAUGAGCUCAGGUCUGCUAAUACCAUUUCUGAAUCCAGACUUUAGGUGUUGUAGACAGUAGAGGCACCUGGCCGCACUUGGCCCCGCGUGCCUGGUCCCACGAGUGGGCUGUGCUCAAAGCUGCAGGGCCGGUCAGCCCCUACUGUUCUGUGGUUAGAAAGGGGUUUGUUUAACCAUCUCUCUUGGAAGUUUUCUGAACUUCCCAAACCUUGUGAUGACAAAUCCAUUUUAAACGAUAAGCCAAUAAAGCCAUUUAUUUGCCUGUGA